AUGGACACUGUAGCAGCUUUGUUUGCGGCUGAGUUGGCAGCGCUGAACGUACCACCCAAUCGAGUAUCGCCGACGAAGCAGCGGUACCCGAAGUUGAACGGGGCAGAGUCGGCUCAGCUACUAGAAUUACAGAAGAAUUCAGCGUCGUGGAUGGUUGCAUUUAUGCCCAAUGGUGUAAGCACGCCCGCGGAAUAUGUCGGGAUUUCUACAGUUGUUCCUGGUCUUUAUCCACCAUUCUUGAGAGCAAUACCAGCAAAGUCAAGUGGGCAAGGAAACCUGUGUUGA